AUGAAGAUCCUGACGGAACGUGGGUACAGCUUCACGACGACUGCCGAGCGUGAGAUUGUGCGUGAUAUCAAGGAGAAACUGUGCUAUGUUGCUCUUGACUUUGAGCAGGAGAUGGGUACUGCGUCGGCGAGUUCGUCGUUGGAGAAGAGCUACGAGCUUCCGGACGGGCAGGUGAUUACGAUAGGUAACGAGCGUUUCAGGUGUCCGGAGGCGUUGUUCCAACCGAGUUUCCUUGGGAUGGAGUCUGCGGGUAUUCACGAGACUACGUACAACUCGAUCAUGAAGUGUGAUGUGGAUAUCCGUAAGGAUUUGUAUGCGAACACGGUUUUGUCUGGUGGUUCUACGAUGUAUCCGGGUAUUGCGGAUCGUAUGCAGAAGGAGAUUACUGCGUUGGCGCCGAGCACGAUGAAGAUCAAGAUAGUUGCGCCACCGGAGCGGAAGUAUUCGGUGUGGAUAGGUGGUUCAAUUCUAGCCUCUCUGUCAACAUUCCAACAGAUGUGGAUCUCGAAGCAAGAGUACGACGAAUCCGGUCCUGGUAUUGUCCACCGC